CGCGCCUGCGCUGGGAGGCCCUGUCGGUCCCCGGGCAGGACUCGCUCACCUUCUCUCCUGGCCCUGCCCGCUGUCCCGUGCUGCCCCACCACCCGGGGGGGCUGUCAGGGCCAGGGCAGGGCACUCCCGCCCGUGCCUGGGCUGUGCACGUGCUCUGGGGCCAUUCCCCGGGCAGUCACAGCAUCUCUGAUCUCCCGCUGUGGAACUUUCUCUGGGGCAGGGGGAAACACUAGGAACUUCAGGUGCUCGAGUAGACCGGGAGCACUUGAAAAGCAUGAAGAGGCCCUAGGGCUCCUCAGGGACCCCACAAGGGUUGUGCUCUGGGAAGUAUGGGAUGCCCUUACUGGGCUGGCUCCCUGUCCUCAGCCAUGCUGUUCCCAUCCUCAAACCCCGCAGUCCUGUCCGUGCUCUUCUCUCUAAAGCAGUGGCUGGGGGCUCCCCCUGGGCCCCGGCGGCCUGCACGAGCAGCACGGCAGGCAUUUCCCUCUCGCCGACUCUCUUUCUGCAGGAGGACUACGCCAAGGCAGAGGCUGACGCAUCUAAAGCCAUUGAAGCCGAUGGCCGGGACAUGAAGGCGCUGUUCCGCCGGAGCCAGGCGCUGCAGAAGCUGGGCCGGCUGGACCAGGCUGUCAGUGACCUGCAGCGGUGCGUGAGCCUGGAGCCCAAGAACAAGGCCUUCCAGGAGGCCCUGCGUGCCCUGGGGAGCAGCAUGCAUGAGAAGAUGAAGACCAUGUCCUGCACGGACUCGAAGGUAGAGCAGAUGUUCCAGAUCUUGCUGGAUCCUGAAGAAAAGGACACAGACAAGAAGCAAAAGGCUGCGCAGAACCUGAUUGUGCUGGCACGAGAGGAGGCCGGAGCAGAGAAAAUCUUCCAAAGUGAUGGUGUGCGGCUGCUGACACAGCUGCUCGACACGGCCAAGGCUGACCUGAUGCUGGCGGCCCUGCGCACCCUGGUGGGGCUGUGCUCUGGGCACCGCUCCCGGACCAUGGCCAUCCUGGUGGAGCUGGGGGCCCCUCGUCUUUCGGCGGUGCUGGGUGUGGAGCACGAGCAGGUUUCCCUGGCUGCCUGCAACCUUCUGCACGUGAUGUUUGAUUCCCUGAAGGAGGGGCUGCAGAAGGACUUCCGUGGCAAGGAGGAUGCGGUGGUGCUGGAUUCCUCCAAGGACCUGAGACUGCUGAUUAAGCACCUCCUGGAGCUGCUGGCGCUGGAAGGGGCCUCUGCACACGGCCGUGACAACGCCCUCAACCUGCUCAUCAAGGUGGUGCCCAGGAAGUCGCCGAAGGAGACCAACAACAGCCUGAGCCUCUGGGUGAUCGACCAGGGUCUGAAGAAGAUCCUGGAGGUGGGAAGUACAGUGUGCGGUGCCCCGGGCAGCCUGCCCGUGACGGAGAACAGCCGGAUGAGCGCCUCAGUUCUGCUGAGCAAGCUCUACGAUGACCUGAAAUGCGAUGCUGAGAGGGAAAACUUCCACCACUUGUGUGAGGACUACGUGAGGAGCUGGUUCGAGGGGCACGAGCUGGCUGGGAAGCUGCGGGCCAUCCAGACGGUGUCGUGCCUGCUGCAGGGCCCCUCGGAUGCUGGGAACAGGGUGCUGGAGCUGGAGGGGAUCAUGGACAGCGUGCUGUCCCUCUGCGCCUCCGUCUGCGAGGCCCACCAGCUGGUAGCGGUGGAGGCACUGAUCCACGCUGCCGACAAGGCCAAGCGCGCCUCCUUCAUCACUGCCAACGGCGUCAGCCUGCUCAAGGAGAUCUACAAGCACAGCGAGAGGGACAGCAUCCGCAUCCGGGCGCUGGUGGUGAGCGCGCCGGGAGCAUGGCGGGACGGGAGGAGCGGCUGUGCCGAACCUUUGGGUGGUGCUGGGCGGGCUGUGGCUGUAGGGCCCGGCCUGGCCUACCUCACCUUCGAUGCGGAUGUCAAGGAGGAGUUUGUGGAGGACAAGGCAGCGAUGCAGGCCAUGUUCCACCUGGCCAAGUCGGAGGACAGGAGUGUGCUCUACGCGGUCGCAUCCACACUAGUGAACUGCACCAACAGCUACGACCAUGAGGAGCCGGACCCCCAGAUGCUGGAACUGGCCAAGUACGCCAAGCAGCACAUUCCAGAGCAGCACCCCAAGGACAAGCCGGACUUUGUGAAGCGCCGGGUGCGGAAGCUGCUGACGGCUGGUGUGGUGUCAGCUCUGGCCUGCAUGGUGAAGAGCGAGAACCCAGCGCUCACCAACUCCUGCCGGGAGCUGAUCUCCAGGUACGGGCGUGCAGGGGGGGUGGCAGGGAGGGAGCUGGGUCUUGAGGCUGCCGACACCCUGCUGGUGGCCUGUCGGCGAGCUUGCAUGCUUGCAGUGAAGGCUCUCAUCCCACUGUCCCUGGAGGGCACUGAGGUGGGGCAGACCAAGGCAGCUCAGGCCCUGGCAAAGAUCACCAUCACCUCCAACCCGGAGAUGGCCUUCCCCGGAGAGCGGAUCUACGAGGUGGUCCGGCCCUUGGUAAGCCUUCUGCACCUUCAGCGCACGGGCCUGGAGAACUUCGAGGGGCUGAUGGCAUUAACCAACCUGGCCGGCAUCAGCGAGAGGCUGCGGCAGAAGAUCCUGAAGGAGAAGGCUGUGCCCAUGAUCGAGGGGUACAUGUUUGAGGAGCACGAGCUGAUCCGGCUGGCUGCAACGGAGUGCAUGUGCAACAUGGCCAUGAGCAAGGAGGUGCAGGAGCUGUUCCUGGCCGAGGGCAGCGACCGGCUGAAGCUGAUGGUCCUGUACAGCGGGGAGGAGGAUGAGAAGCUGCGGCGGGCCGCCUCGGGGACCCUGGCCAUGCUGACCGCCCUGCACCCCCCCAUCUGCAAGCGGAUCCCCCAGGUGACGGUGCACUGCCGAGCGUUGCGGCCCCUGUGGCUGCGGCUGCGCUGGGUUCCUGCCCCGUCCAGUGCCAUCGGUUCCGGCACAGAGGGCUAA